GGCGAAAUGCAACUCGCGAGAGGUGCCAGUGAAUAGAUAGUCAUAACAAGCCUUUGGCCUUGCAUGGACUGCAGGCCGCUGCAGGCCCCAUUUGUCAUCAUACGUGGACAGUCAUCCUUGCGGGGCCGUUUUCGACGAUUCAAUCCGCGACAGACUAGGCUCAAGGCCGAAUUCGCGCGCCUCAAAUGGGCCGUAUUUGCCAGCGCGGGCUCUUGUCACCCCCCAUCAUCCUCCAACCACAUACCCAGCCAGGAACUUCAACGCGAUGCGUGAAGUCAUCUCCAUCCACGUCGGGCAAGCAGGUGUCCAGAUAGGCAACGCAUGCUGGGAGUUGUACACCCUCGAACAUGGCAUCAGCCCGGACGGCCGACUCGUGGACGGUGUUCACAAGCCGGAUAGCGACCCCUCGACGUUUUUCGCCGAGACAGGCUCGGGCAAAUACGUCCCUCGGUCGAUCUACGUGGACCUUGAGCCUAGCGUGAUUGACGAUGUCAAGACGGGGCCGUACAGGGCGCUCUUCCACCCGGAGUCGAUGGUUACGGGGAAGGAGGAUGCUGCGAACAACUAUGCCCGAGGACACUACACUGUUGGCAAGGACAUGAUUGACCCUGUUCUGGACAAGGUCCGCAGGCUCGCAGACAGCUGCACUGGCCUGCAGGGAUUUUUCGUCUUCCACUCGUUCGGCGGAGGCACGGGCUCAGGCUUCGGUGCGCUCCUGCUUGAGAAGCUCUUCCAGGACUAUGGCAAGAAGUCGAAGUUGGAGUUCUGCGUGUAUCCGGCUCCGCAGCUGUCGAGUUCCGUCGUCGAGCCGUACAACGCCGUGCUGACGACGCACGCGACGCUCGAGUAUGCGGACUGCGCGUUCAUGGUGGACAACGAAGCGAUCUACGACAUCUGCAAGGGGAAGCUCGGCGUGUCGAUGCCGGGCUUCACGAACCUCAACCGGCUCAUCGCGCAGGUCGUCUCGUCCAUCACCGCAUCGCUGCGCUUCGGCGGCUCGCUGAACGUCGACCUCAACGAGUUCCAGACGAACCUCGUGCCGUUCCCGCGUAUCCACUUCCCCGUCGCGAGCUACGCACCGCUGCUCUCCGCAGAGAAGGCGCAUCACGAGCAGAACUCCGUCGCGGAGAUGACGUUCUCGGCGUUCGAGCCCGCCAACCAGAUGGUCAAAUGCGACCCGAAGGAGGGCAAGUACAUGGCGUGCGCGCUGCUGUACAGGGGUGACGUCGUCCCGAAGGAUACGCAGGCGGCGGUGGGGACAGUGAAGACCAAGAAGACGAUCCAAUUUGUGGACUGGUGCAAGACGGCGUUCAAGCUUGGCAUCUGCAACGAGCCCGCUGCGGUCAUCCCUGGCGGCGACGUAGCCCAUACAACACGGAGUCUGUGCAUGCUGUCGAACACAACGGCCAUCGGUGCUGCAUGGAGCAGGCUAGACCAUAAGUUCGACCUCCUGUACUCCAAGCGUGCCUUCGUGCACUGGUACGUCGGAGAGGGUAUGGAAGAGGGCGAAUUCUCCGAGGCACGCGAGGACCUCGCCGCUUUGGAGAAGGACUACGAGGAGGUCGGCGCAGAUACCCCUGAUGACGACGCUGUCGGCGAGGAGUACUAGUUUCAGCAACGCGUAUCCUACGACUGGUCCCGAUGGUUCGGUGAAAGUAUUCAAGCAACUUGCGAGUCCUUAAUUUGUUCCGCUGGCUGUGCACUGUACUGUCGUUGCUCUUCUUUCAAAAUGUAGUCUACUCUUGUGUAUAUCACUCGUACUCCUUAAAGUUGAUAUACCCUCUGCAAUCCGAUGAGGGAUUGCUGCAUGAUGCGCUCA